ACCGCGCCAGCGAUUGAACAUGGCGGGCCACGGAGCCGGCGGGUCCCGCGACUCCCGGGGGCGUGCGGACGGGGCGGAUGCGGGACCGUCGGAGGCGGGGCUGUGGGAAACGGCGAGAGACUAUGAGGAGCAGGUGGAGAGCCAGGAGCUGUUCGAGGACCAGGCGGAGGUGGGGACCCCCGCGAAAGAGAAGGACGCGGGCCUGGUGGCGGAGGCCGAGGCCGUAGCUGCUGGCUGGAUGCUGGACUUCCUCUGCCUCUCUCUGUGCCGGGCCUUCCGCGACGGCCGCUCCGAGGACUUCCACCGGGCCCGGGACAGCGCCGAGGCUAUUAUUCAUGGGUUAUCCAGUCUAACAUCUCAUCAAUUGAGAACUAUAUACAUAUGCCAGUUUUUGACACGAAUUGCAUCAGGAAAAGCCCUCGAUGCACAGUUUGAAACUGAUGAACGAAUUACACCCUUGGAAUCAGCCCUGAUGAUUUGGGAUUCAAUUGAAAAGGAACAUGACAAACUUCAUGAAGAAAUACAGAAUUUAAUUAAAAUUCAGGCUAUAGCUGUUUGUAUGGAAAGUGGCAAUUUUAAGGAAGCAGAAGAAGUCUUUGAAAGAAUAUUUGGUGACUCAGAUUCUGAUACGUCUUUACAAAGAAAAUUGCUUAUGGUAAUCUCUCAGAAAGAUACAUUUCAUUCUUUUUUCCAACACUUCAGCUACAGCCAUAUGAUGGAGAAAAUUAAGAGUUUUGUGAAUUAUGUACUUGAUGAAAAAUCAUCAACAUUUCUAAUGAAGGCAGCAGCAAAAGUAGUAGAAAGUAAAAGAGCAAGAACAACAGUUUCUCAAGAUAAUGAUGUUGACAUGGAAACUCAAGCUAAUUUGGAAGUACGCAAAAGUGUUAAUAACAAACCAUCUGCAGUAACUGAAUCCUCACGGGAUACAGUAUCUUUAAUGAGGUCUCACAAGAAUCUCUUCUUAUCUAAAUCACAAUAUGGACGCCAAUCACAAGAUUUUAAUGAGAAAGAAAAAGCAGAAACUCUUAUAAGUAGAAGAAAGACAGAGAGAAGCAGACAAGCCACUGAAAGAAACAGAAUGGAUGUUUUAAACAAUCAGCCAAAAACUUCUAAAAAUGAUCGAUCUAGAAAAAAACAGACAUUUUGAUACGUCAUUCAGUAGCUCUCCGAUUUUAAGCAUCUGAGCACUUAUGUAAAAUGGAAGUAAGUGCCAAAGCAGGCAGCAUGAGCCAACGUGGACCUGUAAGUCAGCUUCCUCAUUUCAGACAUGCUGUAAAUAAAUCUAGGUCGCUAAGUAAUCUUUUAAAACAGAUUGCUAUCAAUUCUAUAGUGUGGUACUUUCUUAUUUAGAAAGAGCGAGGUUAGAGUUAAUUAAAACAGAUUUUUAUCAUAUAACUUUUGGAAACAAAAAGGGAGAGCAAAAUAAAUGAAUUUUUAAAUUUUGUCAUCUUAAAUCUGAAUCUUCUGAAUUACUUUUUUAAAUUGAAAUUUUUGUUGAGAUUAUUGUAGAUUCGCAUGUAGUUGUAAGAAAUAAUACAAAGAGGUCCCAUGUACACUUGUUCCAGGUUCCCCAAAUAUUUUUUUCUAUACUUUUUUGUUAAAAGUAUCCCAAUAUAAACUUUUCUAAAACUACAGUAUAUUACUUGGUGUAGCUUGACAGGGCAGCGCAGACCCUGUACUCAGAAUUGUGGUGGUGUCUUUUGACCUGUGUGGUGGUUUAAUUCAGAGAUUUGCCUUUGUUUUGCCCAUUCUGAAUUCUCAGCCUUAAAAAUAUUACCUACAGCCUGCCUGGGGCUAGGGACAGCAGAGGAGGCAGGCAGCAGACAGGCUGGAAAUCCUGAGAGGACGAUUCAUGGGAUGAGGGCUUUGAAGGACUGCAGUUGAACCAGAAAAUCUAGGCCAUGCACAUGCCCAGAACUGGACAGUCUCAGAAAACACCUGAGAGGUUUCUAGGCCUCCACCAGUGAAGUAUCUUUGGGCUUCUCGUAUGCUGGAGGUGAAGUGAAGGCUACAGCACAGGUGGUAAGUAGCCUGGCUAAGCAUUGAAUGAGCACCCCAACUUGGAGCUAAUCUGCAAAGGCAGAAUGUCUUGUUUUUCUUUCUGACUUGAGGCAUUUAAGGAAACUAAAUGAAUUAUUCUAUGUAUUCUUGGCUAUUUUUUCUUUCACUCAACAUAUUUAUAUUAUAUGUAGCUGUAGCUUGUUCAUUUUCAUUUCUGUACAGUAACACAUAUCAGUUAUUUACCUAUUACGCUGUUGAGCAUUUGAGUUGUGGGAAUAAAUAAAGACCACUCAAAAAUGAGAGCAAAUAGGCUGUUUGCUCCGCUUUUUUUUUUUUUUUAAUUUAUUGGGGUGACAUUGCUUAAUAAAAUUAUAUAGGUUUCAGAUGUAUAAUUCUAUAAUACAUCAUCUGUAUAUUGUAAUGUGUGUUCACUGCUCCAAGUCAAGUCUUGCAUCACCAUCUAUCCCCCCUUUACCCUUUUCUAUCUCCCCAGCACCCCUUUCCCUCUGGUAAUUACCAUACUGUUGUCUGAGUUUUGGGUUUUUUUGCUUAACCCUUCACCUUUCACCCAACCCUCCUCCCCUC